AUGUCUUCCAAGAUUGAAAAUUAUGCUGACAGUGACAGUGAAAUUCGGUCUGUUAUUCGUUUUCUGGCUGCAAAGAACAGAAAGCUUAACGACACUCAUAGCACUCAUAUUUCAGAAGUGUAUGGUGAAAAGGCAAUGGGCGAAAGCAUGGUGCGAAAAUGGGUUCGCGUGUUCAAACAGGGACGAGACAAUGUGCUUGAUGAACCCAGGAGUGGGUGUCCAUCUUUGAUCAGUGAUGAUUUGAUGAAUAAAGUUGACAUUAAGGUAAAGGAAGACGAGCGUUUUACCCUUUCCUGGCUGUCUUCAAACUUUCCUGAGAUUUCAAGGUCGCUUCUGCUUGAAAUCGUUACUGACCAUUUGGGUUAUCGAAAGGUGUGCUCACGCUGGGUACCCAAGCAGCUGACACAAGCGCAGCAGGAUCAACGGGCUGCCAGCGCAUUGGCAUUCCUGACGACACGUUACAAUGACUAA